AUGUCUUUUCCAAGCCUGCUUCUCACUCCUUUUCAAGUGCUUUCGAGCCACUGGCUCUCAGCCUGCCUGUUAUUCUUUGUUAUUCGUGCUGUCUGUCGUCGCUAUGCUAGAAGUCUCAGGAACAUUCCUGCAGUCAACUUCCUUGCAACUGUGAGUCGUUGGAACAAGAUCCUCCAAGUGUUGUCAACUCGCGCUGAGAGGAACUUGUUAGAAGCACAUAGGAAGCUUGGUCCCAUCGUCCGCAUCGCCCACAAUGAAGUCUCGAUUGCAGAUCCAGCAGCUAUUCCCAUCAUCUUUGACAACGAACAGAGAUUCGUCAAGACAGACUGGUAUUACAUGUUUGGUUUCCCAACACCAGACGACGCCAACCUCUUCUCCGUAAUAGAUGCAGUCGAACAUAAGCGCAUGAAGCGCAAUGUUGCCUCAGCCUUCUCCAUGUCUGCCCUCAUGGCCUUGGAAGAAUUUGUCGACUCGACUGUGACGUUAUUCAUCCAGUGUAUGGAUGAGCUCGCCAUAUCGCCUUCAGUCCCGCCAUCACAGCGCAAGGCUCCGAUCAACGUGGUGGAGUGGUUCCAGUGGUACGCCUUUGACGUUGUAGGCGAGCUGAGCUUCUCGCGCCGUCUCGGUUUCCUCGACAGCAAGUCCGAUGUGGGCAAGAUGACAAAAGUGCUCGAUAGCUUCAUCCAGUACGCAUCUACGGUAGCCAUGAUGCCAGAACUGCACAAAUUCCUUCUCGGAAACCCGUUGGUGGCCUAUUUCCUGAGCUCCCCGGCGCUGGUUAUCUCGGACGUUACCAAGCAGGAGAUGGACAGGCGUGAAGCGGAUCCGGAUGCAGUGCACGUCGACAUCAUGGAUAAGAUCAUCCAGUCUCAGAAGAGGAUUGGAACUCAGGAGUUUCCGCACAGCGAAAUCUUCCAGCAUGCCGUGGUCAACCUAUCCGGUGGCUCGGACACGACCGGCAUCGCCAUGGACUCCUUGAUUUACCACCUCCUCAAGAACCAACCGGCCUACGAAAAGCUUCAGGCGGAGAUAGACCAAGCCGCGGUCAAAGGUAAACUAUCGGACCCGCCAAAGUACAGCGAGAUAAAUCACCAAACCAUGCCAUACCUCGCGGCAUGCAUCAAAGAAGCUUUCCGCAUUCACCCACCCGUCACCACUACCCUUCCGCGCCAUGUGCCACCCGGCGGAGCCUACAUCUGCGGCCGCUUCUUUCCGGGCGGUACCAGAGUGAGUGUCUCGCCCUUUGUCGUGGCAAGAGACAAGACCCUCUUUGGGGAAGAUUCGGAUGCGUUUCGACCGGAGCGUUGGCUCGAGUGUUCACCGGAAAGAGCCUUUGAAAUGGAAAAUGGUUGUCUGCAUUUCUCUCAUGGGGCGCGUAUCUGUCUAGGACGCCACAUUGCCGUCAUGGAAAUUUGUAAGGUCAUGGCUGCGCUACUAAGACGUUUCCGUCUGGAGCUUGCUGCCCCGGACGAAGAAUGGGAUGUGCGCACGUACAACCUGCCGAAGCCAAAGUCUCUCAACGUCUGGAUAUUUCGUAGAGAAUAA